AUGGAGCAGCACGCAUCGGCCAGAGAGGCCGAGGAAUCCGACUCUACCAAGACUGAUAUCAUCAUACACAGGUACAUCGCCGCUGCGGAGACCUACAUGCAGGCACUGAACGCGCUACCGACGAGCGAGGCGACGGCCAGGGCGGCACUCAAGGAGCAACUUGAAUACGUUAUCGACUAUGUAUCGCAGCUCAAAGCUGGCGCUCAGACGACACAGAAUCAGAUCCAGCAACAGGUAAACAACAGCAGCGACGACGUGGACGUCGCUGCGCUCCAGUGGCCAGAGCCGCCGACACUACAGGAUAAGACAGCGCUCGUCACACCGGCGUAUGCGUCUGCUGCGAUGCCUGCAGUCAGACCAGUGACAGAUGUGGGGAAGAAACAGAAGCAAGAGGAGAAGUCGGGGGCAGCGUAUACGCCACAGGAGCUGGACGUACUGCGCAGGUCGUCGCAGAUCAACGGCCACCUGUUCGUGCCGUGGCUGGAUGAUCUGGAUGCCCAGGAGAAGUUUAGUUUACCUGAGCCGUUCGCUGAUCCUGACGGACACGUGCCGUUGUCGGCCAAGCAGAAGAAGAAGGAGGCGACGUGGAUGAGACCGAGCGACUGUGCGGCAAAGUGCGGGUAUGAGGCGCCCGUGAUGAUUGCAGAUGGGGGAGUGAACCCAUUGGUGGUGAAGCAGGAUAUCGUGACGGACUGUUCGUUUGUCGCGUCGCUGUGUAUCGCGGCGGCCUACGAGCAGAGAUUUCAGAAACAUCUGAUCACGAACAUUAUUUUCCCGGCCGAUCCAAGGACGAAGCAGCCGGUGUAUAACCCGUUCGGCAAGUACGUGGUGAAGCUGUGGGCUAACGGUGUGCCUCGUAAAGUCGUUAUUGACGACUUGUUGCCGGUAAGUGCGACGUCCGGACAGCUUCUGUCAAGCUGUACUACGCGUAAGAACGAACUGUGGGUGAGUCUAAUUGAGAAGGCCUAUUUGAAGCUGAAUGGAGGCUACGACUUUCCUGGAGGGAACUCAGGCAUUGACCUAUUUGCUUUGACGGGGUGGGUUCCAGAGCGUGUUCCUGUUUCCGAGCUUAUCGACGCACCAAGCAAGGAAGAACGCCUGUGGGAGCAGCUCAAGAGUGCGUUUCACUAUGGAGAUUGCAUCAUUACAAUGUCCACUGGAGACAUCACGAAGCAGGAAGCGAAAGCGAUUGGCCUCGUCCCCAUGCACGUCUACGCUGUGCUGAACGUGUACGAGCUUGCCAACAAUUCAGUUGCGUCCAAAGAAGGCAAGAAGAUACGGCUACUACAGGUGAAGAAUCCAUGGCGGAAGAUGAGCUGGAAGGGACCAUACUCUCGCCACGACAAGACCCGAUGGGACAGCGCUAUUGGUGACGAGCUGCGUGCGUAUCAGCGCCAGUUCUACGCACCUGGGGAGAGCGAAGCCAAUGAAGCAGGUGGACAGCAGGAUGACGGCUUGUUCUGGAUCGACUUUGAGUCGGUAAAGCAAUACUUUGAGAGUUUGUAUAUGAACUGGAAUCCUGAACUCUUCCCUUACAAGGGAGUUUGCCAUGAGCACUGGCCUGUUGAGCUAGGACCCGUGAACGAUUCCCUUACUCUUGGGUUCAACCCGCAGUAUUCCCUCACAUUCGGUAAGACUGCACCAUCCCACGACGGAGCCACCGCCGCCGCUGGUACCUGCACCGUGUGGUUUCUGCUUUCGAGGCAUGUGAGCACCAUCGAACGCGACACUGACUACUCGAACCAGCAGUUCCUGACGCUGCAUGUUUAUCGCGGAACCCCUGGAAAGCGCGUGUUCUACAACCAUUGCGCUGUGUCACGAGGAACGUACAGCAACAACCCACACACGCUCGUGAGUCUAGAUUUGGAUUUAACUAACGACUCGGAGCAGCCAUGUUUUACGCUUGUGGCGUCACAGUACGAGAAGUUUGCGGCUCUCGACUACACGCUGUCAAUAUUUUCGACCCGCCCGUUUACUUGUAUGUCCAUUCCGCAGUUUCCGACCACUUCACCGACUUCUGUAGUAAUUCCGGGUGCUUGGGACUCUGCUUGUGCCGGUGGACGCCCGUUUUACUCGACUUUCAUGAACAACCCGCAGUUUCAUUUGCAGCUCCAGAAGCCAUGCCGCUCGCUCUUCCUGUUUCUCGAGACGGAAGUGUUUUCCUCCAAGGACACGACAACCGCUAGUUUCCCGAUCAAUCUUCGUGCUGCUUUGCACACGCGCGAGCGGGUUUGUGGGUUGCAUGCUGCAGGUGAUGAUGACUCGGUGGUCGAUGAACCGCUUAAGGUACUCAGUUCCGGUGAGUACCGACCAGGAUUUUGCUUCAUUGAGGUAGACGCAGCUACUCUGGCAUCCGGCCUGCAUGACGUUGUGCUGAUCCCGUCCACCUUUGAGCAAGACGUUCUGGGCAAGUUCACACUGCGCGUUGUAAGCGAUCCACCUGCAGGAGCCAGUAUUGCGUAUCACCAGAUCCCCGCUGAAGGCCACGGCAUGGAACUUACGCGGCUGCGAGGCAAGUGGGAGAUUCAGACUGGCUCAGCUGCAGGCUGUUCCAAUUACGGUUGCUACACGUUUAAUCCCAGGUAUUUGGUACAUGUCACGCAGGAAUGCGAUAUUCUAGCUCGGCUGGUAGUCCUCGAGUCAGAGGUAGAUGCAGCACCAGGUGAGUCUCCCACCGAAGCAGAGUCCAUGCCUCCUCCGUCUAUCAACGUGUCAGUGUUCGAGAGCACGUCGGAAGGAGAUUUACUACUUUCAACAAAUCCUAAACAAGCGUUUGCAGGCGCCACUUCAUCCAGAGGUGUGUAUGUGAGUGGUGCACCAAGUGGUGUACUGGCAAAAGCAUCGCGAAAGUAUCCUCCUGGUUGGUACAUUGUACUUCCAUCCACUUUCGAUCCCCAGGAGUUGAACUUCGAGCUUCGCCUCUUUGUCUCUGCUCAUGUUGACGUACGCUCUCUGUAA